UGGUAAUCUUGCGGAAGAGCCAAACAUAACCUACAUAACCUACGAAAAGUAGCGUUGACUAUAUAAACAAGUAAAAUUUAAAAAGCAUAUUUGUUGAAAGAAUUGAUUUUAUAAAAUAAUGGCGACAUCAAUGCCUAUUAAUCCAAAACCGUAUCUUAAUGGCUUAACUGGUAAAGCAAUAUUAGUGAAGCUCAAGUGGGGACAUGAAUAUAAGGGUUAUCUGGUGUCUGUUGAUAGUUACAUGAAUCUUCAAUUAGCAAAUACUGAAGAAUUUAUCAGUGGAAGCAGUACAGGAAAUUUAGGUGAAGUCCUAAUUCGUUGCAACAACAUUCUUUACAUAAAAGGUAUAGAAGAAGAUGACGAAGAAGGUGAAAUGAGGGACUAAUAAAUUGUGUUUCCUUAAGACUACUAAGUGCUAUCAAUCAAUAAUUGAUACUAUAAUUACUUGCAAAUUAAUGGUAGGAAGUGAUCAAUUUUUUUUACAAUAAGUACAUUUUACAUAUUAAGUUAAUUGAAUUUAUAAUGUGUAGUUUGUAUGCAUUUCAGAAUUAAAGAUAUGGUAAAAGA